AUGUCGGGCUAUCCAGGAGGUGGUCAUCACGACUACAACGACGCCUACGGGCAGAAUCACGACUCGUAUUACCAAGACGACCAAAAUGGUCACUACUAUGACAAUAACGGCUACGACAACCACGGCCAACAACACCACGGAAACGACGGCUACUACGACGAAUCUGGUUAUUACAAUGCCGAUGCGAACAACCCCUACGCCGCAGACGGCGGUUACUACGACCACCACGAUCAAUACCAAGGCGGAGGAGGGGGAGGAGAUUACUACGACGACGGCAACGGCGGCUACUACGAUCACUAUGGUCAGGGUGGCAAUGGCGGACGUCGAGGAGACUCCGAAGAAGAUUCUGAAACAUUUAGCGAUUUUACCAUGAGAUCCGACAUGGCUCGUGCUACCGACAUGGACUACUACGGUCGUGGUGACGAAAGAUACAGCGGUUACAACGACCACGGUAGAGGCUACAGACCCCCGUCUUCUCAGGUAUCAUAUGGCGGAAACCGUUCUUCUGGAGCUUCCACUCCCAACUAUGGGAUGGAUUAUGGCAACGUUCCGGGUGUGCAAAGAUCUCGGGAACCAUACCCUGCAUGGACGUCCGAUGCGCAAAUCCCUCUGUCCAAGGAGGAAGUAGAGGACAUUUUCAUAGAUCUAGCCAACAAGUUUGGUUUCCAACGCGACAGUAUGCGAAACAUGUACGAUCAUCUGAUGGUUCUCUUGGAUUCGAGAGCGUCUCGAAUGACACCGAACCAAGCGCUUCUAUCUCUGCAUGCCGAUUACAUCGGUGGUGACAACGCGAACUAUCGGAAAUGGUAUUUCGCUGCUCAUCUCGAUUUAGAUGAUGCAGUUGGAUUCGCAAACAUAAGCAAGAAGACUCGCAAGUCUAAGAAGUCCAAGAAGAAGAAGGGUGAGGAGCAAACCGAAGAUGAAGUCCUCCAGGAUCUCGAAGGAGACGAUAGUUUAGAGGCUGCUGAGUACCGAUGGAAAACUCGAAUGAAUCGCAUGUCGCAACAUGACCGUGUUCGCCAAAUUGCCCUAUAUCUCCUUUGCUGGGGUGAAGCGAACCAGGUUCGUUUCAUGCCAGAAUGUCUUUGCUUUGUUUUCAAGUGCGCAGAUGACUACCUAAACUCUCCAGCCUGCCAGAAUCUCGUCGAGCCUGUCGAGGAAGGUCUUUUCUUGAGGAACGUUAUUACGCCUCUGUACCAAUACUGCAGAGACCAAGGUUACGAAAUUUUCAACGGUGUCUACGUUCGUCGGGAACGUGAUCACAACCAAAUCAUCGGUUAUGACGACUGCAAUCAACUUUUCUGGUAUCCAGAAGGUAUCGAGCGUAUUGUUCUUGAGGACAAGAGCAAGUUGGUCGAUGUCCCUCCCCAAGAACGUUACCUGAAGCUCAAAGAUGUAAACUGGAAGAAGUGUUUCUUCAAAACUUACAAGGAGACACGGUCUUGGUUCCAUAUGAUUGUUAAUUUCAAUCGUAUAUGGGUUAUCCAUUUGACCAUGUUCUGGUUCUACACAGCGUACAAUGUUCCUUCUCUCCUCGUUCAAGGGUAUGAGCAGCAAGUCAACCAACAACCCCCGGCGUCUGCUCAAUGGUCGAUUGUUGGUGCUGGUGGUGGUAUCGCCGCACUGGUUCAGAUAGUGGCUACUUGUGCGGAAUGGGCAUUCGUCCCGCGACGAUGGGCGGGUGCUCAACACCUGACAAAGAAACUUUUAUUCUUCAUCGUUGUAUUCGCUGUCAACGUCGGACCCAGUGUUUACGUCUUCUUCGUCAAGGACACGCAGGAAACUAAGGUCGCGUUAAUUCUGGGUAUUGUACAGUUCUUUAUCGCGGUGAUUACCUUCUUCUUCUUCGCCAUAAUGCCCCUUGGUGGUCUCUUCGGUAGCUACCUCACCAAGAACUCUCGUCGUUAUGUCGCCAGCCAGACGUUUACCGCUAGUUGGCCUCAUCUCAAAGGCAACGACAGGGCAUUGUCGUAUUUCCUGUGGUUGGCUGUCUUCGGUGCCAAGUUCGGAGAGUCUUACGUCUAUCUGACACGUUCUCUCCGUGAUCCUAUCCGUUAUCUUCAGAUUAUGGAUGUCUCUUCCUGCUUGGGAGACCAACUCUUUGGUCCUAUUCUGUGCUCCAAGCAGCCGACGGUUAUCAUGAUUCUGAUGAUUCUCACUGACCUGGUUCUCUUUUUCUUGGAUACCUUUAUGUGGUAUGUCUUGCUCAACACUCUUUUCUCGAUUGCAAGGUCGUUCUACCUUGGUUCGUCUAUCUGGACUCCUUGGCGAAAUAUCUUCUCCCGACUUCCCAAGCGAAUCUAUUCCAAGAUCCUGGCCACGACCGAUAUGGAAAUCAAGUACAAGCCCAAGGUCCUUAUCUCGCAAAUUUGGAAUGCCGUUGUGAUUUCGAUGUAUCGAGAGCACUUGCUCGCCAUUGACCACGUCCAGAAGCUUCUCUACCAUCAAGUUCCGUCAGAACAAGAAGGCAAGCGUACUCUCCGUGCACCGACCUUCUUCGUUUCCCAGGAAGACCACUCUUUCAAGACGGAGUUCUUCCCCAACCACAGCGAAGCUGAGCGUCGUAUUUCCUUCUUUGCGCAGUCGCUGUCUACGCCUAUCCCAGAACCCCUACCCGUGGAUAAUAUGCCUACCUUCACUGUUUUGAUUCCUCACUACGGUGAGAAGAUCCUCUUGACGCUGCGAGAAAUCAUUCGUGAGGAUGAGCCUUACUCACGAGUCACUCAACUUGAAUAUCUCAAACAGCUACAUCCUCAUGAAUGGGACUGCUUUGUCAAGGACACCAAAAUUCUGGCUGAUGAAACAUCUCAAUUCAACGGAGAUGACGAGAAGGGUGAGAAGGACACGGCGAAGAGCAAGAUUGACGAUCUGCCUUUCUACUGCAUUGGAUUCAAGUCCUCCGCUCCUGAAUACACUCUUCGAACCCGUAUCUGGGCAUCACUUCGUUCGCAGACACUGUACCGUACAAUCUCUGGCUUCAUGAACUAUAGCCGCGCUAUCAAGCUACUCUACCGUGUUGAGAACCCCGAAGUCGUCCAGAUGUUCGGCGGCAGCUCCGAGAAGUUGGAACGCGAAUUGGAGAGAAUGGCUCGACGCAAGUUUAAGCUUGUGGUUUCGAUGCAGCGUUACGCUAAGUUCAAGAAGGAAGAGAUGGAGAACGCCGAAUUCCUCCUUAGAGCCUACCCCGACCUACAGAUUGCCUACCUCGACGAAGAGCCCCCGCUAGUUGAAGGUGAAGAGCCACGUAUCUACUCCGCCUUGGUUGAUGGACACUCUGAACUCAUGGAAAAUGGCAUGCGACGACCCAAGUUCAGGAUUCAGCUCUCUGGUAACCCCGUGCUAGGUGAUGGAAAGUCAGACAACCAGAACCAUUCUAUCAUUUUCUACCGUGGAGAGUAUAUCCAGCUCAUCGACGCCAACCAGGACAACUAUUUAGAAGAAUGCUUGAAGAUCCGAUCAGUUUUGGCUGAGUUCGAGGAGAUGAAGGUCGAAAACGUCUCGCCCUACACCCCUGGUGUGAAGAACGAGUCUGAUGCUCCUGUCGCUAUCCUGGGUGCUCGUGAAUACAUUUUCUCGGAGAACAUCGGUAUUCUCGGUGACGUUGCUGCUGGUAAGGAACAAACAUUCGGUACGCUUUUCGCGAGAACCUUGGCCCAGAUCGGAGGCAAGCUCCAUUAUGGUCACCCUGAUUUCCUCAACGGUAUUUUCAUGACUACUCGUGGUGGUGUCUCGAAAGCCCAGAAAGGUCUACACUUGAACGAAGAUAUUUACGCCGGUAUGAAUGCUCUUCUCCGUGGUGGACGUAUCAAGCACUGCGAAUACUACCAGUGCGGUAAAGGUCGUGAUCUUGGUUUCGGUUCGAUUCUUAACUUCACUACGAAGAUCGGUACUGGUAUGGGUGAGCAGAUGCUUUCUCGAGAAUACUACUAUCUUGGUACUCAACUUCCUAUCGACCGCUUCCUGUCCUUCUACUACGCCCAUCCUGGUUUCCAUUUGAACAACAUUUUCAUCAUGUUGUCUGUCGAGCUGUUCAUGAUCGUCUUGAUCAACGUUGGUGCACUUCGAAACCAGACGGUACCUUGUGAAUACAAUCGGAAUGUCCCUAUUACGGACCCGCUAUACCCCACGAGAUGCUCGAAUACUGAUGCUCUUAUGGACUGGAUUUACCGCUGCGUUAUCUCUAUCUUCGUUGUGUUCUUCUUGGCGUUCGUACCUUUAAUUGUUCAGGAACUUACAGAGCGUGGUGUUCUGCGAGCAGCGACGCGUUUGGCCAAACAAUUCUGCUCUUUCUCGCCCUUCUUCGAAGUGUUUGUCUGUCAAAUUUACGCCAACUCGGUUACUCAGGAUCUCUCAUUUGGUGGUGCCCGAUACAUCGGAACCGGUCGUGGUUUUGCUACUGCUCGUAUUCCUUUCGGUGUUCUCUACUCGCGUUUCGCUGGGCCUUCCAUCUACUUCGGUGCGCGUAUGUUGAUGAUGCUGCUAUUCGCGACUUUGACGGUUUGGCAGGCUGCCCUGGUGUACUUCUGGGUCUCACUUCUUGCUUUGGUCAUCUCGCCAUUCCUUUACAACCCUCACCAGUUCGCGUGGAACGAUUUCUUCAUCGACUACCGUGAUUAUCUUCGUUGGUUGUCCCGUGGCAACUCUCUUAGUCACGCAUCGUCGUGGAUCUCUUAUUGCCGUCUUUCCCGUACAAGAAUCACCGGUUACAAGCGCAAGGUCCUGGGUGACCCAUCUGGCAAGCUAUCUUCGGACGUACCUCGUGCGGCUAUUACCAACGUUGUGUUCGGCGAGAUCAUUGCACCCCUACUUUUCGUGGCCUGCACCUUGAUUCCGUACCUCUUUAUCAAUGCUCAAACUGGUGUAUCGGCACACGACAAGGACGCCGAAUCCACCUCCGCACUUGUCCGUGUUGCCGUUGUUGCUUUUGCGCCUAUUGCUAUCAACGCUGGUGUGCUUGGUGGAUUCUUCGGUAUGGCCUGCUGUAUGGGACCGGUGCUUAGCAUGUGCUGCAAGAAAUUCGGUAGCGUUCUGGCCGCAAUUGCUCAUGCUAUCGCCGUCAUCAUGUUACUCGUGUUUUUCGAGGUCAUGUUUUUCCUCGAAGGCUUCGAUUUCACCAAGACACUGCUAGGAAUGAUUACAGUCGUUGCCCUACAACGGUUCAUCUUGAAGCUCAUCAUCUCACUAGCACUUACCCGUGAAUUCAAGACGGACCAAUCCAACAUCGCGUUCUGGACAGGCAAGUGGUACUCUAUGGGUUGGCACUCGAUCUCCCAGCCGGCACGUGAAUACCUCUGCAAGAUUACCGAGUUGAGCAUGUUCGCGGCUGAUUUUGUUCUUGGCCACUUCCUAUUGUUCUUUAUGCUUCCCGUCAUCCUCAUUCCUCAAGUUGACAAGCUUCAUUCUAUGAUGCUUUUCUGGCUUCGUCCUAGCCGUCAAAUCCGCCCACCCAUCUAUUCUAUGAAACAGUCCAAGCUCCGGAGGAGACGUGUUAUUCGUUACGCCAUUCUCUACUUCACUCUGCUUGUUGUUUUCCUUGCCUUGAUUGUUGCACCAGCUGUAGCGGGCAAGCAGAUCGGACCGACGCUCUCCGACAAAUUGACCAACCUCCCAAUCAAGGGCCUAGUUCAACCUGCUGCACAGGUUACCGAUAACACAGAGAAUCGUACGGAGACAGGAACUGGUAUGCCAGGAUACUCGGGCCCUGGUACAGCGUCCAUGACAAAGACGGCCGCCUCCUCAACCCCGACAUCAGACGACAGCGACUCGGGUGACUCCCGUAAGUUCCGCUUCGUCUAA